CGCCGCUCCUCGCGCAUGCGCGGCCAUUGCGGCGGCUUCCGGCGGGCCCGAGGCGGCGGCGGGGCGGCCAUGGAGCGGUUCGGGCCGGGGCCCGUGAGCGCCGUGCCGGUGGCCGAGUUCAGGCCAAAUGAGGGUUCAUUAACAUCAACUUUAAGAACGCUUCUGUUCUUCACAGCUCUAAUGAUUACAUUACCCGUUGGGCUAUAUUUUUCAUCAAAGGCUUAUGUAUUUGAAGGUUCCUUGGGAAUGUCUGACAGAGACAGCUAUUUUUAUGCUGCCAUAGUUGCUGUAGUCACUGUCCAUGUGGUACUUGCUCUCUUUGUUUAUGUAGCCUGGAACGAGGGUUCACGGCAGUGGCGCGAAGGCAAACAGGACUAAAGUGAAGAUCAUCGGUGUCAGAUGUCCACAGAAUGUAAAUCAGGUUUUUUGUGAGCUGAAGGAAAAUCAUUCUUCCAAAUGUGUAAUACACAUGCACAAAGAGGAGGCUGGUGCCUCAGUUGUGGUUAAAAUAAGACUUGUGCUCAUCUUGACUGUGUAUUGGUGUUUUCUGUAAUGGUGAUGGAAGUUGUUCUUUAGCCAGCUUCUACUAUGUUGAGCUGAGGAGGCCUUAACUUGCAAUUAAAGUGGAAUAAUUAUAUAUUUUUUGAAAACUCCUGUAGCUAAUUUUGCCAUGCCUAGUAUUUUUCUGGCUUGCUCUGAAAAUAAUACUGGCAUGAAGCAAACAUUACAUUUUCAAGGAAUUAAUUUGCUGUUUAAAAAAGCUACAUUACUUACUAUGCAGCUACAGUAUAAAAGAUGGAAUUUCACUUUGCUGUGAAUAGUUUCCUGAUUUAUUUGUGUUGUGGUUUAACUCCAGCCAGGAAUUGAGCACCAUGCAGCUGCUCACUCACUGUGACCUCUCAGUGGGAUGAGUGGGGGAAUCAGGAAAGCAAAGUGAGAAAACUCAUGGGUCAGAAUUAAGACAGUUUAAUAGGUAAAACAAAAGCUGCACACGUAAGUGUGUUGGUUUUCAGUACAAAUUCAAACCAUAGCCCCAUGGUAGCUAUUAUGAAGAAAACUACCUCUAUCCCAGCCCAAACCAACACAGUGGGAUAGGUGUAAUUAAUCUAUUUCUGUGCUUAGAAGUAAUUUCAAAAACAGAAUUGUUUAGAAACUCAGGUGAUGUCUUUCUAAUGUGAAGUACAAUUUUUUUUCAAAUAUAUUUUUUAUUGCAGUGUAAAAUUUAAUCUUUAAUUUCAUUUUGGGAGGACUGGUAUCAUGCAUUGCUCAUCUUUCUCCUCUUCUGCAGUUUAUCCUGAUAAUGCAAAGGAAAGGGCAUAGCUUAUUUUUUGUAUGUCUUUAGACAGGUAUGUAUCUCCUUGAUAUUUGCUGAAGUGUGCAGUUAGAUUUCCUAUGGUAGAGCAGUGUCAGUAAUAGUCAUAAGCUGCUGUAAUGGCUGGAGGGGAAGGAGCAAGAGAAAACAAGCUGUCGUUGUCUGCAAAUGGUGUCCUUUUUGAAGCAGAGGACACAAAAAUGACCACAUGGAAAAUUGACUUCUCUUCAUAACUACUUACUUGUGCACUGUGAAAUGAUACAAUAUGAUGAUUGUUUUCUUUUUUCCUUGGUUGUGCAUAGAACUUCCUGUAGUCAAAGCUUAGUGAGAUUUUUGUGCUGUAAGAUAACAUGAAUUCAUUCCACUGUUGUGCUGUUGUUAGCAAGCUUUUUAAUCUCUGGCUAAAACAUUUUCCUAAAGUUCCAGCAAGGCAAACUUUCUUCACCCUGAUAAUGCCUGUUAAGCAGUUGUACUUGAGGUCAUUGUGUUAAUUUGAAUUUUACAGUUUUUUGUAUUAGUUUAGCCUUUCUUGGAAGGUUUUUGCUUAAUACGGGGCUUGGCAUGGUUUUGGUGCUGCAUGUGUCUGUGAUAAAACUUAAGUAUAAAUGAGGCAAAAAUUGGUUAUCUGUGCCCAGUGGCUUGAGAAUUGUGUCCCCAAGCCUCAUUCUUGUCUUGUCCACCCCAGUCCCAGGUGUGCACAAGCAUAUGCACCAUGGCACACUAAUGCAAAUCAGUUUUUACGCUUUGUUUCUGCCGUGUUACCUUUUCUCAUCCAGAUCCCCCUUGUCAGGUUGCUGCUGGCAAACUGGAGAAUCUUCUCAGAGUACUUGAAGUGCAAAGUUAGUUUGUACAUGGGCAUAUUGGAUUCCUGUUCUCCAGUGUAUGAAGUGUAUGUUGUGGAACAAAUACUGCCUUUUAAUAAAGACCUACCCUGCAAUACAAGACCUAGUAAACAAUAUGUGCUGAA